AUGCCGCCCAAGAAGAAGGCCAACACACCCUUUCAGGAUGUUACGCACAUGGUAGUGACUGACGAUAACCCAGUUCUCCAGAUCUGGUGCGCACCGCACCAAAUCGACCUAGUCGUCAAGCAGGCCGCCGAGUGCGUGGCGGACGGCACAGCUUACCGCUGGAAGCGGAUGGAGUUCUGCGUCGAGAACUGA